AGGAAAGUUGCAAUACCAUUGCGUUAGUAGACUGCGCACGUCUUUCCUGAAAGGUGAAGGUGGACCUGUUUCUCCUGGUUGUUGACAGAAUAAUUUGACCAUGCUGGUGGCAAGACUAACGUGCCUGAGGAGUCUCCCAGUGGCCGGGCUCCGUCCCAUGUUGGGACAGGGAAGUCCCGCUCUAAGAAAUUCCACUUUGAAGACUUGUCCCCCCUUGCUCAAACCUCACCAGGGUUACUCUACCAAGUCCAGAUUUGGCUUCCGCCGUGGAAGGACCACAAAUCAGCUCAAAGAAGCAGCUUUUGAGCCAGCAACAGAUACUGCCAUUAAAAUUGAUAGCAUGGGAAGAAUGAUCUUGGCUGGUGGGGCAGCUGUGGGCCUCGGUGCUCUGUGCUACUAUGGACUCGGCAUGUCCAAUGAAAUUGGUGCCAUUGAAAAGGCAGUGAUCUGGCCCCAGUAUGUGAAGGACAGGAUCCACUCCACCUACAUGUACUUUGCAGGCAGUGUUGGACUAACAGCCUUGUCAGCAGUAGCAGUGAGCAGGACCCCAGCACUUAUGGGCCUGAUGAUGAGAGGUUCCUGGAUAGCAAUUGGCGCAACCUUCGCCGCUAUGAUUGGGGCUGGCAUGCUGGUCAGGUCCAUUUCCUAUGAGCACAGCCCAGUUCCCAAACACCUCGCAUGGAUGCUCCAUGCAGGUGUGAUGGGUGCUGUUAUAGCUCCCCUUACUCUUCUGGGUGGGCCUCUAAUGAUCAGGGCAGCCUGGUACACAGCAGGCAUUGUCGGGGGUCUUUCCACAGUGGCCAUGUGUGCCCCCAGUGAGAAGUUCCUCAACAUGGGUGGGCCCCUGGCAGUUGGAUUUGGAGUUGUCUUUGCUUCCUCCCUUGGAUCGAUGUUCUUGCCGCCCACCUCAGCAUUUGGAGCAGGACUGUACUCCGUUGCUGUCUAUGGUGGGCUAGUCUUGUUCAGCAUGUUCCUUCUCUACGAUACACAGAAGGUCAUCAAGAAGGCCGAAACGUAUCCAGUCUAUGCAGUACAGAAAUUUGACCCCAUCAACGCGUGUAUGGGGAUUUACAUGGACACACUGAACAUUUUCAUGAGGCUUGUGAUGAUUCUGGCCAACGGUGGCAGUGGCAAGAGGAAAUAAACAGCAAUUCAAAAGCAGCUGUCUGACUUCAGCUUCCUUGUACCUUCCGCAGUGCAGAACUAAGUAACGUUAUGUCACUAGCAGCAUACACGUUACCUUCUUUUAGUUUAAACUCAGUUCCAACUGGUAAACAAGCAUGUAUGCUACACUUUUGAGCGAAGAUUUCAUUUUAGAGUGCAUAUUACCACUCAUCACUGUCAGGAAGGGAAACUUGUAUAUUGUUAAGACUUUUAGGGAGAUGGGGUUUAUCUUAUCUUCCUCCAGGAGGUGGUGGGUUUGGUUUACCCCAGGCUUGUACAAAGGGAAUUUUGUCAACUUGGCCCACAUCAGAUUUCUUUUGUAUUCUUAACCCUUUCUAUUUAUUUUGAUUCUUGGUGUUAACAUUCAUGAUAAGAACAAAGUUGAGACUUGAGUAUGAGAUGCAGAAAUGAAGAGAUCCCAACUUGCUUAUGUUCCCUACAAAUGCAAAAUGUGAUUCUGUUGCUGGCUUCCUCAAUUUACAUGAGAAUUGCACAUAUAUGAUGGGAGGUUAGCACAAAGGGAUGUUACAGAAAGUUUGUCACGUGUUCUGUAAUUAAAUCCUUUAAUAAAGCAAGGCAAAGGUUAUGUUUCAGUGGGGUAUUUUUUAUGUUUAAGUGGUUAAUUGCAAGAUGAAACAAUUAAAUGCUA